CGAGCAGGGAGCCCGGUCUCCGGUUUUAACGCCCCCGCGGCGGGUACUGCUCGUUAAUGUAACGGGCUACAUGAUUCCUGAAUAAUUUUCGGUUGGAUUUUUAAUUUUUUUUGCACCCCCGUCGAGGUGACGACAGUAUUGUUGGCGAGCCCCUGCCGCUCCUCCUCUUCGCCAUGAUCUCUAAGAUGGCCGCCGUGCUGCCGGAGCAAGGGGAUGCGGCCCAAAACUGAAGGCACGGCGGGAGCAGGAUCAGAGGGUUACAACAUGAAGCCACCACAAGAGGUCACUAUGUCUCCAGGAAACCAUAUAGAAACGGUAGUGAACCAUCAUGAAUCUAACUUAAUAUUACUGCACAGCAACUUGAUUUAAAUGUCUAGAAGAUUAAAGCCUACGCACCAACUUGAAACUCUAUUAAGCCAUUUUAUGAAGAUUAUUUUUACCACUCUAUUAAGAUUUUUUUAAUAUAUAGUUAUAUAUAUAUAUAUAGAUAAAUGAGCUAAAAAGUGGUUCAUAGCACUAUGGCAAGUAAACGGAAAUCCACAACUCCUUGUAUGGUGCUUGCAAGCGAGCACGACCCUGAUCUAGAAAUGAACUCUGAUGCGGAAGAAGGGCCGCCGCAUUUACCGCCAGCAGAAAGCCCGCCACCUGCGAACGCGCCCGAGAGCACAUCGAGUGAAGACGAUGCACUAGAAAUCAACAAUUCAGACAAUCAGCAGAGUAAAACUGUGGAAGGGGGUUACGAAUGUAAAUAUUGUUCUUUUCAGACUCCAGACUUAAAUAAUUUCACGUUCCAUGUGGAUUCUGAACACCCCAAUGUUGUACUUAAUUCUUCCUAUUUUUGUGUGGAGUGUAAUUUUCUCACUAAAAGGUAUGAUUCCCUUUCUGAGCACAACAUGAAGUACCAUCCUGGAGAGGACAAUUUCAAGUUGACUAUGGUUAAGCGCAACAACCAGACAAUUUUUGAACAAACUGUUAAUGAUCUGACUUUUGAUGGCAGUUUUGUCCAGGAAGAAAAUAAAGAAGAGCCCGAGUCCACCUCUCCAGGGAUUUCCAUCAGCAAGACGCCGAUAAUGAAAAUAAUGAAGGAGAAGGCAGAAAAGAAGAGGAUAACGGUUUCCCAAAACGCAGGGGAUGACUGCGUUGAGGAGAACGGCACAAAAACAGAAAGUGACCCAAAGAUAAAACCACAAGAGGAGAAAGAAGUCAGGCCACCCCCAAUUAGUGAACCUGUGAAAGCAACCAGCACGGUUAUAACAAAUACCCAGGAAAUUCCCAGUGCCAUUGUGACUCCUGCUACUGUUUUCCAGCCUGGACUUGCUCAAGUUAUUACGACCGUCCAGGCUCAGCAAAACUGUAACAUGCUUUCCAAAGUCUUAAUACCCAUCAAUAGCAUUCCGACCUAUAAUACUGCAUUGGACAGCAAUCCACUUUUGCUCAAUAUGUACAACAAGUUUCCUUACCCAACAGUUUCCGAGAUCAGUCUUUUAGCUGCUCAAACCAAAUGCACAGAAGAGCAGCUAAAAAUCUGGUUUUCUGCCCAGCGCCUCAAACAUGGUGUUAGUUGGACGCCGGAAGAAGUGGAAGACGCUAGGAGAAAGCAAUUUAACGGUACUGUGCACACUGUGCCCCAAACAAUAACGGUUAUUCCAGCUCACAUUUCUUCAGCUGCUAACGGUUUGCCUUCCAUUUUACAAACGUGCCAAAUAGUUGGCCAGCCGAGCUUGGUCCUCACGCAAGUUGCAGGAACAAAUGCACUACCUCCAAUAGCACUGACGGUAGCUGGGGUACCAAGCAACACACAUCUACAAAAAGCCCAACUUCAGGCUACCCAGCCGGUAGUAGAAGCGAAGCAAGUGGCUGCUGUCCCGGCUCCCCAAAUAACUAAGCAGGAACCAUCUAUCAUGGUUGAUGUUUUUGGAAUGCGUUCAAAAAAGACAAAGGAACAGCUGACUGCUCUGAAAAAUAGCUAUAUCAAAAACCAAUUUCCACACAAUAGUGAAAUCGACAGGCUUAUAAAAAUGACGGGGUUGACUAAAGGUGAAAUUAAGAAAUGGUUCAGCGAUACACGGUAUAACCAAAGGAAUUCGAAGGGGAGUCAUGGCAUCCAUUUAAACAGUGAUGCUAGCGGUGCUAUAAUUAUUGAUUCCAGCGACGAGACUGCAGAGUCUCCUACAAUGGUGACACCGCAACGUAGCAGGCAAACAUGGAAUCCUUUUCCAGAUUUUACUCCGCAGAAAUUCAAGGAAAAGACUAUAGAACAGCUACAUGCUCUUGAAGAGAGUUUUCAAAAAAGCACGGUGCCAUCCGACGAUGAAUUAAACAAAUUAAGGGUUCUUACCAAGCUUACAAGAAGAGAAAUCGAUGCGUGGUUUACAGAAAGGAGGAGAGCCAAGGGUGUGAAGAAUGAAUCGGGAGAUCUUAAUGACUGCAAAGGGGAUGUUGCCGUAAAAGAAGAGAUGGAUGAAAAUUCUUCAGAUGCUGGGACUCUGGACAGCAAGUCUGGUAUAGCCUUUUCUGGAAAACUUGGAAAGAAAACAUCAGACCAGCUGCAAAUACUUAAAAGGGCAUUUAUACAUUCGCAGUGGCCAACGGCAGCUGAAUACGACAAACUGGCAGAGGAGUCGGGUCUUGCAAGGGCUGAAGUAGUCGGGUGGUUUGGAGAUGCUCGGUAUGCAUCUAAACAUAAUAAUUUGAAGUGGCUCUACCAAGAUGACUCCGGUGGCACCCCAACUGUUCUAAAUGGUCAAAGCUUUUCACGAAGAAGGGGUCGUGGGAGACCAAGAGGCAGAGGUAGAGGGAGGCCACGUGGUCGGCCAAAAGGUCCAAGGAGAACAAAUUCCUGGGACAGGACAACAGUGGCAAUAAAACACAAGACUGGGAAAGCGUUGCUCAAAGACUACUAUUUAACACACAAAUUUUUAAAUGAGGAAGACCUUGAUGAGUUGGUUGCCAAAUCUCACAUGGGCUACGAGCAGGUGAGAGAAUGGUUUGCCGAAAGACUCCAAAGAGAGGACGCCGGUUUAGAUCCAUUUGAGGACGAGGAAGAGGAUGAUGGUAUAUUGGAUGAGCCGGAUGAGGAAGAAGAGAACGAAGAUACGGAUGAUAGUGACACUUGGGAACCCCCAAAACAUGUUAAAAGGAAACUUUCAAAAAUGGAGGAUAGAAACUGAAAAACUUAGCUGACUAAAACAAAGUCCAGUUUUACUGUGAAUGGAUUGGACUCCUUUCUUUUUCCUUUUUUUUCUGUUUUAAGAACCACGAGCUCCUUUGGUGACUACGAAUCGACCUUGCGUGGGUGAAGCAGCAGAUUUUCGGUGUUGUGCCAAAGUCGCUACGCUGCAGCCCGGAGGACUUUGCUGUACAUAAAGAAAAAAAAUAUUAUGUGAGCAACACAUAACUUGUAAAAUUCAGAUUUUAAUACAUUUUUACUGAUGUGAAAUUUUUUUUUUGUUAUCUUAUGUCGGCAAGGAGGCUGGAACAGAAGAACAUUCAGUGACCACUAGCAUAGUUUUCUCUUUAUAUUUUUAUGUAGCACCUUUAGGUU